UAAGCGUGACAAUCUCUCAUUCAGCUGUAAUAUUGUCUAAGUGUCGUAUCUAGUCAUUUGGUGACUCAGAUGACUGAUGCUGUUUUAUCUCUGUAUGGUGUUCCUGCAGGGUUAUUUUUACUGACAGAAUAACCGACUGUUUUUGACACCACACUAAUAAAAACAGAAGCAGCUGUUCACGUUUCCUUGAAAAUUUGAAUGGAAUCCUAUGCAAGUUUGUAAAUGGAUUAAUUCCCACCAAGUAUAUUUGGUUCUUGAUAAAUAUUAAAACGGCGGAAGCUGUUAUUGUUGUAAAGAAGGAAACACAAUGUUUACUGCGGCGGAGAAUUUGAAAAAUUUUAGGAAUUUGAUUUCCGGAUGCUUCGUACCUGUGUUAAAAGAGGAUUUGGACAACGCACUUUUAAAAAGUGAACAUUUUGAUGAAUACAGAAAGUGCUUAGAAGUGCAGCUCCCAAUACUAUUUGAUUUGUUGCAAAUAAAUCAGCAUUGGAUUUUUGAAAGCAACGAUCCAGAAGCUCAUGGGGUUUACGCUGAAUUAGUAGUCUUGCUGUGCGAAAUUACUUCACCUUCAAGCAUUUACCGGUUGGGUAAUGAAAGUAUUCAUAAAAACGCUGACCGAAUAUUAAACGAAAGAACGCCAAUUUACAACGCCGCCAUAGAGCAUAUCAUAUUUAAAUUUUAUCAAGAAAGACUUGGUAAAACAACUUGGAAAAGGCAACUAGGAUGUUUGCAUGGAUUCACCAGAUUUUUGCAGUUGCAAUAUUGUGCACAGACACUGAACGAACAGUGGGUUAAUUUCUGUUUAUCAGUGGGAGCAACGGUUCGAGAAAGCCAUGAGCUAACAUGCAAACAUAUAGGGAUAACAAUAUUUAAAAUUAUUUUAAAGAGCGGUAAAUUUGAAUAUAUUCAAGAACAAAACAUACAUGGUGUUAUAUAUGAUUCAGUAUUGAGAGAUGUUGACUUCUUGGACACGAUUGAAGCGGCCGCAGCGGUCUGGGAAUGCUUAUACAAAUGUUUGGACUUCUUCAAAGAAUUGGACAGUUUUAAUUGGAGUCAUCUGGAUGAAUUGAUGGAAAAAGCUAUUAAAAAUGUAACAAUGGCUUCUGACAAUUUAAUAUCGCUUUACCAUUUACAAAUAGUUACCAAGCUUGGGUCAUACUUCGCAAUAAAUAAACAAGAAAUUGAAACUCUUUGUAAAACAGACAACACGCAUUCAACUUCUUUAGAUAAGUUGCGAAAUAUUUGCGGUAUGAACAACUCCUAUACAAUUUUUCGAUGGGCUAAAAGCAUUUUGAAUAUGUUUAUUGUUGAAUCCUAUAAACUUAUGCAAGGCAGCGAAAUUUCACAUAAAUUUUUAGGGGAAAUGCAUAAGUGCUAUUUGGUAUGUGUUACUCCGAUUGAUUUGCCUGUAAUCAGUCCACAUUUGAUAGCAUUUUUAGAAAAGUUUAUCACAAUUUUGAUGGAAGUCAUCACCGCACAUAAGAUGAAUACUGAAGUUAUACAGUUAACGAAGGCGUUUUUGGAAACAUUUAAGUAUCAAUUGCAAUAUUCCACCUACACACAGGAAUCUGGAGAAUUUACAAAACUUUACAAAGCUAUUGAGCAACUUUUAAAACACAAAAUAUUUUUAUAAAAAUAAAUAAUAUGGUUUUCGGUUUUAUUGUAAGUAUU